UACCCAUCUCCAGUCCAUCUCUCCGCGCCUCCUCCAAUCCUCUCUUUUCCAUCCACGCCGCUACGCCCCCCGAUCCAACCCUAACCCCCCUCCGCCUCCUCGCCGGCGCGUCUACCCCGCCUCCACUCCGCGGCUAGUGCUUCUCAUCGGCGUCCCUCCGGGCUUCACGCUGGUCCGGGGUGCGGCUCCUGCGAUUCGCGCGCAAUGGAGCAAGAUCAGAGCGCAGCUGUCGGCAGUGCGGACUCUGGUGCCGCGGCUUUUGAUUUUCCGACUGCCAAUCCACCUAGCUCGGCUGUGACCGGCGGAAGCGCCGUGGCCCCCGACGGUGGAGCUCAGGCAGCUGAUGCCUCUGCCUACCAGGCCGAACACGCGGCGUUGAAUGGGACGGCUGGCGAUAUGGCUAAUUACCAAACAGGAGCUGCAGAGAACGGCGAAGCCGUCACCAACGAGAUGGGCGAGCCGGUUCCUGAGCCAUCCUACGAGGAAGCUGUGCUUUCAGCAGAAGAGGCUAGAUUGUGGACUGUUGUUACUGCGAAUUCCUUAGAUUUUAAUGCCUGGACCGCACUUAUUGAGGAAACAGAGAAAAAUGCUGAGAACAAUAUUUUGAAGAUACGGAAAGUGUAUGAUUCGUUCCUUGCGGAAUUCCCUCUUUGCUUUGGGUAUUGGAAGAAAUAUGCUGAUCAUGAAGCGAGACUUGAUGGUGCCAGUAAAGUUAUAGAGGUGUAUGAACGAGCAGUUCUUGCAGUUACUUAUUCAGUGGACAUUUGGUAUAACUAUUGUCAGUUUGCAAUUUCAACAUAUGACGACCCAGAUAUCGUCCGAAGACUGUUUGAACGUGGCUUGGCAUACGUUGGAACAGAUUAUCGUUCCAAUAUUUUGUGGGAUGAGUAUAUUAAGUAUGAAGAGUCACUGGAAGCUUGGAGUCAUCUAGCUGUUAUAUAUACAAGAGUAUUGGAGCAUCCCAUCCAGCAGCUUGACCGGUAUUUUAAUUGCCUCAAGGAAUUGGCUUCGAAGCACAGUUUUUCAGAAAUACUUACUGCAGAAGAAGCCUCGGUGUAUGUUGUCACGUCUGAGACCAGUGUUCAAGCGCCUGAUGGUGAGGCACAUCCUGAUGAUGUCGAUAAGCCUGGUCAACCAGAAAUUUCAUCUUCAACAGACGCAGAGAACCUUGCAAAGUAUGUCUCCAUGAGGGAAGAGAUGUACAAGAAGGCUAAAGAGUAUGAAUCUAAGAUCAUUGGUUUUGAGCUAGCUAUUAGAAGGCCAUAUUUUCACGUCAAGCCUCUUGACAAUCCAGAGCUUGAAAAUUGGCAUAACUACCUUGACUUUAUUGAGAAGGAAGAAGACAUUAAUAAGGUUAUCAAAUUGUAUGAAAGGUGUGUGAUUGCAUGCGCUAAUUAUUCAGAAUUCUGGAUCCGCUAUGUGCAAUGUAUGGAGGAUAAAGGGAGUCUAGACCUAGCAAACAAUGCCCUGGCUCGUGCUACUCAUGUGUUUGUCAAGAAGCAGCCAGAGAUCCAUCUGUUUAGUGCGCGCUUUAAGGAGCUUAAUGGGGAUAUUUCUGGAGCACGUGCAGAAUAUCAGCAUCUUUACUCAGAUUUAUGUCCUGGCUUUCUAGAGGCCAUUGUCAAACAUUCUAAUAUGGAACACCGACUGGGAGAGAAAGAAUUAUCUUGCACAGUCUACGAAAAGGCCAUUGCUGCUGAGAAGGGAAAGGAACAGAGCCAGCUCUUGCCAACGUUGCUUAUUCAGUACUCCCGUUUCUUAUUUUUGGCCGUCCGAGACUUGGAGAAGGCAAGAGAGAUAUUAAAUGUGCUGCAUGAGCAGUUAAAUGUAACAAAGCCAGUGCUUGAGGCUGUCAUCCAUCUGGAGUCGAUUUUUCCAUGUGAAAAGCGUAUUGAAUUUUUAGACUCACUUGUGGAGAAGUUUGUUACACCUGAAUCAUCUCAGGGAGAGGUGGCAAGUCUAGUUGACAAAGAAGAAAUAUCUUCCAUAUUUUUAGAGUUUUUGGAUCUCUUUGGGGAUGCAAAGUCAAUCAAGAAGGCUUUAACUCGGCAUACAACUCUUUUUUCAUGUAAGAGAAGCAUUCUGCCAUCAAAGAAACGGAAAGCAGAUGAUGUUGUUGUGUCAGAGAGGGACAAAUUUGCUAAAACUGGGGCUGUGCAGUCAGCCACGGGAACUGAUCCAAAUGCUUCCAAUCCUCCUGUUUGGCCUGCAACUUCUGAAGCAUCUGGGCAACAAUGGGGAGCUUCUUAUGCACAGCAGGCUGCAUAUCCUGCAUAUGGAACUUAUGACUACAGCCAUCAAAUGCCUCAGCCUGCUCCUCAAGCAGCUGCCUAUGGUGCUUAUCCUCCAACAUACUCUGCUCAGGCCUAUACACAACAAAACUACGCACAACCUGCAGCAAUUCCAGCAGCUCCAGUGCCAGCAGUGGUACCAGCAGCUACACCCGCGUCAGCUUACCCUCAGCAACCUGCGGCAGCUCCUCAACCUUAUUAUGGCACAACCUACUACUGAUCAGCCUGUUAAUCUUGGAUGUGUGGUCCAGCGAGCCUGUUAAUCGGCCUUUUCGCAUGUGUGGUUCUUGCAGUCUAAUCAGCAGGCUUGUCAAUACGAGAGGCCAAAGGCAUCCCAAGACCUUCGGUACCACCAUUAUUUAGCUCCCCUUUAGACGGAUGCUAUCGACGAGAUGAUCGCUUGAGAACAAAUUUGAGAUUUGUAUAGUCAGCAUUUUUGUUGCUAGCAUCUGUCGCUAGGAAUUGACAUUGUUUCCUUGCAGUAGCGUAAUUUUUACUGUAGACGAGAUAGCAGUGUUAACCAUGCGUAUCAGCAUAUGAACAUAUAAUCGACAUUAUUCACUGUUCGUGCCCCCUUUCGGAGUGCAAAAUUUUGUUUCCACCA